UUCCGGUUUCACACGAAACACGUCAGAUAAAAAACCCUAAUCUUCGCCACAAACACACACACUCUCUCUCUCUUCGGAGGUUUAAGUCUUGGGCUUGCUUUCGGGGAGGUUUCGGCGGGGCAUCCAUGGCGGCGCAAGAAGCUUCCGUUACUGAUUUGCCGGUGAAGAGGCCGAGAGAGGACGAGGAUAACGGCGCCGAUGCAAACGCCGUUUCCAUGGAGACGGAGAACUCUGCUGCCGCCGAUAAUGGUGGAGAACGCAAAGAUCCUAGCGGUGUAUCCACUGUUAUCCCUGGAUGGUUCUCCGAGAUGAGUCCGAUGUGGCCGGGGGAGGCACACUCCUUGAAGGUGGAGAAGAUUUUGUUUGAGGGAAAAUCGGAUUACCAACAAGUGAUGGUUUUUCAGUCCGCUACGUAUGGGAAGGUUUUGGUUUUGGAUGGAGUGAUUCAGCUCACAGAGAGAGACGAAUGUGCGUAUCAGGAAAUGAUUAGCCAUCUUCCCUUGUGCUCAAUCCCUAACCCCAAGAAGGUCUUGGUCAUUGGAGGGGGAGACGGUGGUGUUCUACGGGAAGUGUCACGUCAUUCCUCAGUUGAGCAGAUUGACAUCUGUGAAAUCGAUAAAAUGGUGGUUGACGUGUCUAAGGAGUUUUUCCCUCAUGUAGCAGUUGGGUAUGAGGAUCCUCGGGUGAACCUUCAUGUCGGUGACGGAGUUGCAUUCUUGAAGAAUGCAGCUGAAGGAAGCUAUGAUGCAAUCAUUGUGGAUUCAUCGGAUCCUAUAGGUCCUGCGAAAGAGCUAUUUGAGAAACCCUUCUUUGAAACGGUGGCAAGAGCUCUUCGACCAGGCGGGGUGGUGUGUACUCAGGCUGAAAGCAUGUGGCUUCACAUGCACAUCAUCGAAGACAUCGUAUCAAACUGCCGUGAAAUCUUCAAGGGCUCUGUCAAUUACGCUUGGACCACUGUUCCAACUUACCCCAGUGGAGUCAUUGGAUUCAUGCUGUGUUCAACCGAGGGCCCUCAUGUCGAUUUCAAACACCCAGUGAACCCGAUUGACGCUGAUGAGACCCAUCUUAAAUCUAAAGGACCCUUGAAGUUCUACAACUCCGAGCUUCAUUCAGCCGCAUUCUGCUUGCCUUCUUUUGCGAAGAAGGUAAUCGACUCGAAAGCCAAGUAGAAAAGAUUGCUUCUUCGAUUCCUGUCUGUCUUUCCUUUCAUAUUUUCCAUGUGCCUUUUCGAAUAAAAGUUGAAUGAUUUGUAGAGAACUGUCACGUUGUUCUCACCAUGUUCUAUGGCUUUUGACUGAAUGAUCUCCAUUAGUGAUCACACUCAUAAGAUUCUCUCUCUCUCUCAAGAUUGUUUCGAAGAUGUUCUGCGGCUACUUCUGCUCUAUUCUGUACCUUUGAUAUUCUGCAAUUCCAGGUUCGGAUUAGUUCCGCUUA